UAUAAAGCUGGGAGCAGGAGUCGGGCUACAAAGCGCAGCGCUUCGAGUCCCGGGAGAGGGGGGAGAGCUCAAGCGAGGAAACAACAGGGGAAACAGGCUCGAGACAAGGAGGAGAAGCAUGGAAACUUCGCAGCCACACAGCGCUGAAAGCAUGUCCCAGGACCUGUCGGAGCUCCUGAAGGAAGCCACCAAGGAGGUGCACGAGCAGGCGGAGAACACACCCUUCAUGAAGAACUUCCAGAAGGGACAGGUGUCCCUCCACGAGUUCAAGCUGGUCACAGCAUCCCUGUACUUCAUCUACUCUGCUCUGGAGGAAGAGAUUGAACGUAACAAGGAUAACCCUGUCUAUGCUCCUGUUUAUUUUCCGGCGGAGCUGCACCGGAAAGCUGCCCUAGAGAAAGACUUGGAGUACUUCUAUGGCAGCAACUGGAGGGCAGAGAUCCCAUGUCCUGAGGCUACCCAGAAAUACGUUGAGAGGCUCCACUAUGUUGGCAAGAAGCAUCCAGAGCUGUUGGUGGCCCAUGCCUACACUCGCUAUUUGGGAGACCUGUCUGGGGGGCAGGUGCUGAAGAAAAUUGCCCAAAAGGCUCUCCAGCUGCCAAGCACUGGAGAAGGGUUGGCUUUCUUCACCUUCGAUGGAGUCUCCAAUGCUACCAAGUUCAAACAGCUCUAUCGGUCCCGCAUGAAUGCCCUCGAGAUGGAUCAUGCUACUAAGAAAAGUGUCUUGGAGGAAGCCAAAAAAGCAUUCCUGCUAAAUAUACAGGUGUUUGAGGCGCUGCAGAAGUUGGUGUCCCAGAGCCAGGAGAAUGGUCAUGCUGUGCAACUGAAGGCAGAGCUUCGCACGAGGAACGUUAACAAAUCGCAUGAAAAUGGUCCAGCAGCUGGGAAGGAAAGCGAGAGGACAAGCAGGAUGCAGGCAGACAUGCUGACCACAUCUCCCCUGGUGCGGUGGAUCCUGGCGCUCGGCUUCAUCGCCACCACAGUCGCUGUGGGCUUAUUUGCCAAGUGAGAGAGAGCAGGAUCUUCACCUUCUCUUCGGGCCUUCCCUCACCCUGAACUAAUCCACCUUCCCCAGUCCUUCCAAGGGAAAUUCCCUCCGACUGCGCACUGUGAUCUCAGCUCUGCCACUAAUAUUUGGAGAUCUUUCUCCCCAGAAAGCAGAGUGCUGCGAGAGGCUCCAGGCCAUUUCCUUGCUUGCUGCAAGCUCUCCUCACUUACUAACAACAUCACCGCCAGGACCAAGGGAUGGAAAAGCCUAAAACCUACAGCCAAGAGCUGCAAUUAUUCGACAGAGUAUCUGCAAAAAUCCCACAGGAUGAGAAAUGCAGUUUUGACACCUGUCUUGCCUCAGAACUAUGCAGCUCCCGGAGCUCUGUUUACUCAAUGUUUAAUACUGCUAGAUAACACUGUGAUCAUUGUUUCUGUGGAGCCACACAGCUCCCGUGGGCUAUAGACCUGUUUUAUAUGACACUGGCAGGUCUGUGUUAAAUCUUCUUCCAAUCAUUUUUCUUUAUCCUUUUUUUUUUUUUUUUAAGUAGACAAUGGUUGUUGAAGAUACAGUGUCAUUCUUUUAUCUGAUUAUAUAAUUUAUAUACAUAAUAAAAUUCAAUGUGAAGUCUUCAA